AUGCCAUCCACAAACGUCCUUAUCUCUGGCGCGAAUAGAGGACUCGGUCUAGGUCUUGUGAAGCGCUUCCUAGGGCUUCCGGAGCACACCGUAAUUGCCCUCACUCGCGACCCAUCAUCUCCGAGCUCGGUGUCCCUGACGACUCUUCCCACUCAUCCAUCCAGCCGCCUCAUUGUGAUUAGAUACGAGGGGGGAGUCGAAUCCGAUGCCUUCGAUGCUGCCACAGCGCUCCGCACCAUUCAUGAAAUUACUCAUCUCGACAUUGUGAUUGCGAACGCAGGAAUUGGCAAGCUCUACCCUUUGGUCAAGGACGUCCAGCGCGCCGACAUCCUUGAACAUGUCAACGUGAAUGUGCUAGCGGUGGUGUCGUUGUUUCAAGCAAGUCGCGCAUUACUUGAGCAAUCGUCUUUCGCGAAGAAGCCCGUGUUUGCGAUCAUGGGUUCCGGGGCUGGGUCAUUAGGACGGCAACCCCCUGUUCCUAGCGCCGUGUACGGCGCUUCUAAAUCAAUGGUCAACUGGUAUGGAGUCCGGAUCAAUGCUGAAGAGGAGUGGUUGAACACUUUUGUGAUCGAGCCGGGAUGGGCGAAGACCGAUAUGGGGAAUUCUGCGGCGCAACUGUGGGGGCUGGAGGAGGCGCCUGACUCUGUAGAAGAUGUUUGUGAUGGGAUCGUGAAAUUAGUCCAAGAGGGGAAGAAGGAAGAGUUCGGGGGAAAGGUAGUUAAGUAUACUGGGGAGGUGCUGGAGUGGUGA